UGCAAAGGGCAUGGUGAUCUUCAGCGAGGCCUCUGGAUGAUUCUUGGACAUGCUUGCUCACUAUCACAGCUGAAGUGUCCAAAUGCCAAGAAUACAGACGGCUGUUCAUCACUUUUGGUCCUGUUACAGCGUCAGCUGCUUCAUCUGUCAGUUUUGGACUCAAUCAUGAAUUGGGCAUCGUUUUAUGCCGUUAUAAGUGGCGUGAACAGGCAUUCGACGGGCAUCGGGCGCAUCUGGCUCUCAGUCAUCUUCAUCUUCCGGAUCCUGGUGCUGGUGGUGGCGGCUGAAAGCGUGUGGGGUGACGAAAAGUCCAGCUUUACCUGCAACACCCAACAGCCUGGCUGCAACAGCGUCUGCUAUGACCAGUUCUUCCCCAUCUCUCACAUCCGCCUCUGGUCUCUGCAGCUCAUCCUGGUGUCCACACCCGCACUACUGGUCGCCAUGCACGUAGCUCAUCGCCGGCACGUCGAGAGGAAGAUCCUGAAAAUGUCCGGAAGGGGGAACACAAAGGACUUUGAGUCCAUCAAGACUCAGAAGUUCAAGAUUGCAGGUUCUCUUUGGUGGACUUACAUGAUCAGCAUUCUAUUCCGCAUAAUUUUCGAGGCCGUUUUCUUGUAUGUCUUCUACAUGAUCUACCCAGACAUCAAGAUGGUGCGUCUCGUAAAGUGCGACUCCUACCCCUGCCCGAAUACGGUGGACUGUUUUGUGUCUCGCCCAACAGAAAAGACUAUCUUCACUGUCUUCAUGCUGACGGUGUCUGGAGUGUGUGUCUUGUUGAACGUUGCAGAGGUGGUGUAUUUAAUAGGCCGUGCGUGUGUCAGAUACUUUCAGGGUGCAGGAGGGGAAUCCAAAGGACCUUGGCUCUCUCAAAAACUGGCAUCCUACAAGCAGAAUGAAAUUAAUCAGCUGAUAUCAGAGCACUCAUUUAAGCCCAGAUUUAACGUUGGCCGAAAACCGGUCACUGAUAAGAGCGAGCGCUGCUCUGCUUUCUAGACUCUUCAAGACCAUUUGAUGGUCUCAAACAGGGCCGUUUCUAGAACAAGUCUAUGCGGUCAAUGAAUAGGCCAAACCCCCCCUACACUUGCCAACAGGGAUCUUUCCUAGGGUUGGGGGGCUCCAAUGAGGCACCCCACCUGGCAGCGAGUAGGGAUAUUGCAAAUGACGGCAAAAUAGCUAGAAAUGGCCAAGGUCUCAACCAACUAUCGAUAACCCAUGGAAUGUGGAUGUCAGUAAUCUUAUUAAUCUGUCUUCAUUGAUUUAUUUGAUUCAUUCAUUCAUUUAGGGGACACUACAGGUGAUAAGUGAUCAUGGGCAGAUAAAUGCUGGAGAACUGUCACCUUUUACACAUUCAAAAUGGUGCAAACAUUUGUCUUCUCCCAAAGAGAUUGGAGGACUAACAGUAUGAUCUCACUAGACUUUGUGUUUUAUUAACUUCCAUUCAUGCACAUGCGAAUACAAAACAUACACUGGCCCCCAAAAGUAUGUGGACACUUCAGUCACACGUAUAAAUAAUUCAGUCAUUGCAUUACAUACCAAAAUAUCAAAACAAGUGUGAUCUGUGUAUCAAGUGCUGCUGGAUGUUUUCUCAAAACUAACUUUUCUGAGUGAUUCUUACUCAAUGUCUUUUAAUCAACUGGUGUUGUGGUGAUUUUUAGUAGAUGUAUGAAGUUCACACAGGUGUCCCAGAAGAGGGACCACAGGUGGAGUUCAACACACUCACUAUGGACAUCUGAGGCCAAAUAUUUUUUAUUUAUUUUGAUCUAUUGCUUUAUCAUUUCACACCUAACAAACUUUUUUUGUGAAAUGUUUUCUUUGAAAAGUGUACUUGUGCUAUUUUACUUGAAAAAUAAAUGCCACUUGGUUUGAUAUUUUGCAAAGCAAAGACAUUUGUAAAAUGUUAGCAUUGCGGGUCCACUGUGUAUAUGUUUAUCUUACACUGCGCACCAAAGUUCAAGUUUAUUAAACUCUGACCUGCUAAUUCAUAUAAGAGUUUGACCAUUAG